AUGGCCACUUUUUCGUCCUUUUCCGGGAGCAAUGGCUUUUUAGGGCUUCCACUAUCCACCAAGCCGGCCCGCUUGUGGUCUGAGCUGUUAUCACUCCCGACUCCACCCGAGCCACAACCGGCCGUGGUCACACUCGUUCCAGGAAACAAAUGUGAUCGACCCUGCACCACGGAUGGCGUCCCACUCACGUGCCAUUUUCACUGGAGGCUGGAAAACUUUGCCACCAUGGGAUCGUCCUGUGGGCACUGUCGACUCGGAAACCGGACGCACUGUUUCCACCGGCAGUGCAUCACAGCGAACGGGAUGGAACGUGGCGUUGUCACCAUCAACCGGCGUAUCCCAGGUCCAGCGAUGCACGUGUGCAAACGCGACACCAUCGUGGUGGACGUGGAAAACGAACUCGAGGGUCUCGGAUCGUCGAUCCACUGGCACGGGUUUCAUCAGAAAGCGAGCCCGUGGAUGGACGGUGUGCCGAUGGUAACGCAGUGCCCGAUCGCUCAGGGUACAACCUUCCGGUAUCGGUUCCAGGCCGUGGAAGCUGGCACACAGUUUUACCACUCACACGCGGGCUUUCAGAAAGCGAACGGCCACUACGGCAUGGUGGUCGUACGAGAUCCGAACGACCUCAACGGGGACCACUAUGAUUACGAUCUGUCCGAGCACCGGAUCAUCAUCGCGGACUGGACACUUGACAUGGUCGAAAAGUGGGUCCCGGGCAUCCAGACCGCCUCGAUGCGCGUCGAUUCCAUCCUCAUCAAUGGCCGCGGGCGGUACUUUAAUGAAACGACCGGCACCAGGACGGACGCCCCGCUGACGGUGUAUCAGGUGGAGUACGGCAAACGGUACCGCUUCCGGUUGAUCAGCAGCGGCAGCCAGUACUGUCCGUUUCAGCUGCAGAUUCAAAAUCACCGCAUGCUGAUCAUCUCCACGGAUGGUGGAACGGUGCAACCUCAGCAUACCGUCGACACGCUGGUGUCCAUUUCCGGUGAACGGUAUGACUUCGUCCUGACGGCGGAUCAACCACCGGGCAACUAUUGGGUGCGAGUGCGUGGCAUCGGUUUCUGUGAUCCGAUGCGCGUCGAGGACUUUGCCAUCCUGUCGUAUCGCACACCGGACACGACCACUUCCGCCGACGAAGGCUUAACGGUGGAGCAAUCGCUGGCCUACCCGACGGAACCGCUGCCCGCGUACGAUGAGCCGUUUCCACAGGGCGUCAUACUAAACCAUCAAACAGCGCCCUGCUACACGCCCGGGGAUCCGUACCUUUGCGCGGCGGAUCUCGAAUCGUACGAGGUUUUCCGCGACGAUGACCUUAUCGAUGCCGUCCCGGAUCGAACGUUUUACCUCAGCUUCUACGUCAUUGAGGCGAACAACAGUGUGCUGUUCUCGGAACGAGGCUUUAGCCACUUCGCAACCGUUCGGGAUGGCUUCAACACGAUCGGAGCAACAAACAUGAUCAGCUUCGUGCCACCCUCGUUCCCACUGCUGAUCCAACCCGAGCUGAUAGUGGACGAAAACGCACAGUUCUGCAAUGUUAGUCACCUACCGGACCAGUGCACCAACGACCACGAGCGGCUCUGCUUUUGCACUCAUCGUCUGAAGGUUCAACACAACGACAUCGUCGAGAUCGUGCUAUACGACUCGGCCAAGGUGCACCAGGCAUUCUACCAUCCGUUUCAUCUGCACGGCCAUCGAUUCAUCGUGACCGAUUCAGGACGCUUCCCGGAUGGCAUCAUCACAGACCAGACGGCGUACCUGCGAGGACUUCACACGGAGCGACGCCCAAACGCUCACUCACCCCCGUACAAGGACACGAUGUCGAUCCCGAACCGGGGCUACGUCAGGAUACGGUUCCGUGCGGACAACCCGGGGUUCUGGCUCGUACACUGUCACUUCGAAUGGCACCUUGCCAACGGGAUGGGCCUUGUGGUGCAGAUUGGUGAACCGGAGCAGAUGCUCAAGCCACCGGCCGAUUUUCCCCGAUGUGGGAGUUAUCAACCCCCGUUGGAGGACAUAGAACGUUUCAAGGCAAAAAAAAGGGGUAGCAAAACUUUCGCCAAAACGGACGAUGAGACGAAGCACAUGAUCGUGUGA